AUGGCGUCGAUGCACUCAGCGUCAGUGUUACGAGUAUCACGCAUGACCUUUUGCCUGGUUCUCCUCUCACUCCUCUCAUUCGACGUGGGAACAACCGCCGCUGCAGAUGAGAUAAGGUGGAUCAAAUACACUGGAAACAGCGGCGUUGUCUGGCUCGAUGAUAAUCGCAGACCUUCCUUGUAUACUCAAAACUUCGGCGACUGCCAAGGUGAUUCGCUCAUUAAUGUCACUCGAUUCGAUGCCGCCUAUUACAAAGACAACAUGACCGUGCUCUUCCAUUUAGAAGGCGAUUCUUCCCUUGCAGACGAAGACUUGAUGUUGUACAUCGGAGUAUAUGCAUAUGGCGAACCCCGAUUCAAUCUCACCUUCAAUCCUUGCAGUGCCAAUAUCAACAGCUUGUGUCCCCUUAAUUCUUCAAUUCCAAUAUCUGCCAACGGAAUCAUUCCUGUCGCACCAUCUGACGUCGCUGGCAUUCCGCCCAUUGCCUUGAACAUCCCGGAUUUCGAGGGCCAAGCCAUUCUGCGUAUCUUCUCAAAUUCAACUGAGUCUCAAAUCGCAUGCUUCUCGGCUGUCGUCACCAAUGGUGCUACUUUUGGGCAUCCCGCAGCGGUAGCUUCGGUUCUGGGAGUCUUCACAGUCGUUGCCUUGAUAUCCUCAUUUGCAGUCACCGUCUACGGACAGAGCAUUUCCGAGACCAGAAAGCAUUAUGCACAUUCUCUGUCUGUGUUUGUCGUCUUCUCCGUCUAUCAGCAUAUUUUCUUUACUGGAGGACUCUCCAUGAACUGGCCGAGCGUUCUGGUGUCAUUCUGGAGCAAUUAUGCAUGGUCGGCGGGUAUAAUCUACAGCCAGAAGAUGCAGAACUCGAUCAACCAAUUCAUCGGUGAUAAUCGCGGAAACAUUAGCAUGGUGGGAGCUGCUCAAAGCGGCGAGAAUGCUGUUGGUCUCGGUGGAGGUUACCAAAUCUCACAGAUCUACAAGCGGCAAGCAGCAAAUGCCACCGGAUUAUCUGGAUCCUCAUGGUAUGGUGUCCCUGUUCACCCUGGGCUACCCCUCCCUGGAAAUUACUCCGGUUUCGCAGGCACUCUGGGCCAGGUGGAAGUUCCAGCAUCGAAUGCAUUUCUGACUGGGCUGUUGUGGUUUCUAAUCCUCGUCGGCUGCCUCAUUGCGAUCACGUUUGCGUUAAAAUGGACCAUCGAGGGCCUGUCUGCAUUGCGAUGGAUUAAGGCCGACCGCCUUGCAUUCUUCCGAAAACACUGGCUCUUGUUCACCGGUGCUUUGGUCUUGCGAACCUGUUAUAUUGCGUUCUUUAUGAUGAUGUUUCUGACAAUGUUUCAAUUCACCUUGGGAGGUGCCACAGGCGUGAAAGCUAUUGCAGCGGUCAUCUUUGUCAUUUUUCUGGUUGGAAUGCUCGGCGCUGUCAUGUAUGCAUUGUGGUACAGGACAAAAUCUGAGAGACUCUUUGAAGUACAGCAAUCCGAGGAUCCCAAUCUGGCCCCUGUUCCAACGGCACAUUCUGCGUGGUACAAGGCCACACGUCGAACAUCAAACCCGAGCCACGAUGAUUCUCAAACGGAGAACGCCCCCACCUGGGUGCAGCGCCAUUUACUUGAUCUCGAUUCUGGGCUGGUCCACGUGCACGAUGAUGAAAAUUACACAAUAAAGUUUGGCUGGCUGGCUUCCAGGUUUCGACGAAGUACUUGGUGGUUUUUUUCGACCUGGCUGUUCUAUGAGUUGGUAAGGGCUGCCUUGUAUGGAGGCGCUGCAGGACACGCCUUGGUCCAGGUUUUCGGACUUCUGGUCUGGGAAAUUAUCGCCCUCGUUGCCAUUGUUCUGAUCAAGCCGUUCGAGAGCAACCGCCUCAAUUUACUCAUGGUGUACCUUCUAGGGUUCAGCAAGGUGUCUACGGUCGCGCUUUCAUCGGCAUUCGACCCAAGAUUCGGACUCGCUCGGAUUUUGACCACGGUAAUAGGGGUUGUUAUUAUUGUCAUCCAGGGACUGCUCACUAUUUGUAUGAUGAUCGCCAUUGUCCUUGGGUCCAUAUCAAGCUACAUGUCAGUCACAAGAUACCACGAGACGAUGAAGCCAGCAUCAUGGUUAGGGCAUCGUGCUCGGUAUUUCGCACAUGUGGAUCAGAAGGCCACGGAUCGGCCCAAGCCUCCGCCGCCACCUCCGCCACCUGAGCCGGAACUUCCCAAAGAACCAUAUUUUGCAGUAUCGUCCGUUCGCAGACAGCCGAAGAUCGAGGAUGAUAGCCCAGAUGACAAGGAAGGAACUCUGUCAGUGCAGCAACCAGUGGAACCGGAAGCGAGUACAAACAGCACGAGUAAUCUGCCUCGGAGCACCUCAGUGCGGUCUAGACCGAGUUCAUCGAGCCUGCCAUAUGGAGCAAGAGUUCAUAGAACGAGCUGGAGCACCCGAGACUUUCAGCAACUCGAUUUACAAAUGGGAGUAAAUGCUUCGAACUCUCGAAUGAGUAUUGAUAGCUUGCAGGAUGUUGCUAUCAGACAUCGUGCAGCCAGUCUGAGGAAUCCCUCGAGGAAUCACCCCGAUACAGGAGUAGCAAACGUCUCUUCAGGUGAAAGACAUUAUAGAGGACACCGCAGAGCAGUGUCUUCAACCUAUGCACCUAAACGCACCAGCUCAAUUGUGAACGAGGAGAAGGAAAAUGAACCCGAUGCCAUAACAUCAUGA